UCAUGUGAUUGCUUGCUUGCAGAGAUUUCUUCAGAUUUCUUAAUUAAUCUCUUGCAGCUAUUCAUGUAGCGCUAGCGUCUGAUCUGACACAGGACACAGGACACAGGACAGAAAGAUAGGAGAUGGAGACCCCUCCUGAACCGUACGACAAAACUCCACCAGGGAGUUACACCAGCAGCAAAGAAAGUGUCUUUGAAGGAAAUACAACAAAAAGACGGGUAGACCCUUCUGAUGUGGUCCCGUUAUGGAGGAAGAUAGCUUAUGCCACUGGGUCACUUCCUUACUCAAUGUGCAACACUGUAGUGGGCUUCUAUCUCAGCAUCUUCUUACUGGAGGUUGCCAUUUUGGACCCCACCUACGUCCUGAUCAUAGUGUUCAGUGGACGUGUAUGGGACGCCAUCACAGACCCAGUUGUAGGCUACCUCUGCAGUAUCACCAGGACACGUUUUGGCCGACUCAGGCCCUGGAUGAUAUCAGCCGCUGUACCUGCUGGUUUGGUGUACUCGUUUCUAUGGUUUGUCCCCGGGCCGUUUGAUGAACAGCCAUCAGAAAUCAAGUUCAUUUACUACCUCCUUCUCUACUUUGCCUUCCAAGCUCUCCUCACUUGCAUCCAUGUACCCUACACUGCCCUCACAAUGCACCUCUCCAACGAUAACAAGGAGAGGGACUCUGUCACACUCUAUCGUAUCUGCUUUGAGCUCUCAGGCACUCUUUUGGGCAUUCUAGUGUACACUGCCUACUUCGCCGGGUUUGUUGGUUUCGGUGUAAAACAACCGUGUGAGGCGGGGGGCAAGAGGUUACCUGAUUAUAGCAAGAGGUGGGCGUAUCUCUGCCACGCCAUUACCCUGGGUGUGCUCAUAGUCAUCUUUAUACUCAUCGCCUUCCUUGGAGUGAAGGAGCAGAAAGAUGAGUCGAUGACUGGCAAGCGUAUCAGCUUUUUCAAGGGAGUCAGAGAAGUAUUCAGCUUCAAACCAUACGUUAUCUUGCUUCUUUUAGAGCUCUUCUCGUGGCUAGCAGUACAGUUUGUACAGGGCAACAUGGCACUAUACGUCAAAUAUUCCGUGGGACUGGAAGACCAGUACCCGUAUGUCAUAGCAGUGUUACUAGUGUCGGCCAUUGCGUGGAUGCCGUUCUGGCAAUGGGUUAUUUUAAAGUUUGGUAAAAAAACGGCAUUUUCUGUUGGAAUGUGGGUAUUCAUGCCUUGUCUGGUGUCUCUGUUGUUUGUACCGUUCUACAAGUAUCUCAUCUACCCUAUGGGCUUCCUAGGGGGGAUGGGUGUCUCCUGUGCCUAUCUAUUGCCAUGGUCCAUGUUACCGGAUGUGAUCGAUGAUGCCGUUCUAGCGAGGGACGUACGGAGAGAAGAGUUAUUUUACGCCUACUUUGUGUUCGGGAACAAGUUUGCCGGAGGUGUCACCCUUGGCAUCUCGACCGCCAUUUAUAAACUCGUGGGUUAUGAUGAGACGCUUUGUACUCAACCAUGGCAGUUCUCCCUCACUCUCAAGCUCCUCGUCUCCGUCCCCCCCAUCCUGUUCAUCCUUCUUGCUCUAAUAUUCCUCCACUUGUACCCCAUUACUGAGCAAACUAGAGAGAACACUAAGAGGCUGCUAGCGGCCAGGAGGAAGCUCCAGUCAUCGAGUGUCGAGGAGAACUAUUCUGACAGACGGAGGAGCAUCUCCAUCACUAAUAGAAGUCAGGGGUCUUAUCGAAAAACAUCCAACAAGGACGAUAAGGACGAGAAUGAUCCAAAGCAAACAUUUUUCUAGCAAUAAUAUUCUGUUUUGUAUUUACAUUUUUGUGUGCUCUUUUAAAAAGUAUUGUAACAGUGUACAUGUACAUAAUAAAUUAUAAUUAUUAUGACUGGUAA